AUGGACAACCUGACCUUCAGAUACAGUGUACUAUUAGUGGAGGGAUUGAGCGUUUCACCUCAAUACAGCUAUGUAGCAUUUUUUAGCCUUUUAACAGUGUACAUUUUCAUUAUGGCAUCUAACCUUUGGAUUUUGCUGAAUAUCAUGGUAGACAAAGAUUUACACCAGCCCAUGUACACCAUUUACAGCAACUUGCCACUAAGAGAUGUUAUAGGCACAACUGUCACUGUGCCACGUUUGCUGAGGGAUGUUUUAACAAAUCCUUCUGAGCGCUACAUCACAUAUGUGGAGUGUGCUCUUCAAGCUUUUUUCGUACAUUUAAACGGAACAACAUGCCACACUAUUCUAAUGAUCAUGGCCUUUGACAGAUAUGUGGCAAUUUGCAAUCCAUUACGAUACACCACAAUAAUGAGUAAUAAAAUGGUGAUUAAACUGUCGGCAGGAGCCUGGAUUUCUAUGUCAGUGAUGGUGGGAAUUAUGAUCAGCCUAAGUGUGCGUCUCUCUCACUGCAGGUCUGUGAUUCAGAACCACUUCUGUGACAACGCUUCACUAUUUAAACUAUCAUGUGAAAGUACAGUGAUUAAUAAUAUAUACGGCUUAACUUUUACCAUUUCUGUAAUAGUUGUUUCAAUGGGGAGUAUUUCAUUAACAUAUCUAAGAAUUGCAAUUGUAUGCUUAUCCAGCAAGAACAAAAGAAACAAAAAAGCCAUAACAACAUGCAGCACUCACUUGAUUGUUUACACCAUCAUGCUGGUCUCUGGAUUUGUUGCUGUUUUUCUCCAUCGGUUCUCAGAUUACUUUGAAAAUAGAAGAAUAGCAAGUAUAGUUUUCACCAUUGUACCACCAGGGUUGAAUCCGUUAAUUUAUGGUUUACAAGUUAAGGAAAUAAGACAAAAGCUUUUCAGGUUUUGCAAAUAA